CAGUGAUCCUGGACCGUUGUUGUUGAAAUGAUAGUACAGAAGCCAGCUAUUGCAUUGUAUUUUUUGGAUGAAACCCAACUAUUUACUUUCGGUCAAGUGGGUUAAAACCCUUAACUGCAGUUUACAUGUGUAGGUCACUGCGCUACUGUGUUAGUCACUGUCUCUAUGCAGCAAUGACAAGGUUAGAAGAAGCAAACAGAGAAGUGAACAUGCAUUCGUCUGUCAGAUAUCUUGGCUAUCUUGCCAGAAUCAACUUACUGGUUGCCAUUUGCAUGGGCCUUUAUGUCAGAUGGGAGAAAACUGCAGAUGCACUGAUUUUGGUAAUAUUUAUCCUCGGGCUUUUUGUUCUUGGAAUUGCCAGCAUACUCUACUACUAUUUUUCAAUGGAAGCAGCAAGUCUGAGUCUCUCCAAUCUUUGGUUUGGUUUUUUGCUUGGCCUUCUCUGUUUUCUUAAUAAUUCUGCCUUCAAAAAUGAUGUGAAAGAAGAAGCUACUAAGUAUUUGCUCCUUUCUGCCAUUGUUUUAAGGAUAUUAUGUGCUUUGGUUGAGAGGAUUUGUGGCUGUAUCCAUCAUCGACCAACUCUGCUGACAACAGUUGAAUUUUUGGAGCUGGUUGGAUUUGCGAUUGCCAGCACAACUAUGCUGGUAGAAAAAUCUAUGAGCAUUAUUUUGCUCGUCAUGGCUUUGGCCAUGCUGAUUAUUGACUUACGUAUGAAGUCUUUUUUGGCAAUUCCAAAUUUGGCAAUUUUUGGAGCCCUUGCAUCCUUGCUGUUUUUUCCUUCACUGAAAAUUCCCACAAACCCGUUUGCCUUGGCUUGUUUCUUCAGUUGCCUAAUUUCAGAUCCCCUUCUCGAUGUUUACUUCAGUGGACUUUCAGUUACUGAACGGUGGAAGCCCUACUUAUACCGUGGUAAAAUUUGCAGAAGGCUUUCUGUCAUCUCAGUUGGAGUCAUCGAACUUAUCUUUUUCAUUCUUGCAGCCUUUAAACUAGGUGACUUGGAUCUCUGGUAUUUUGUGAUACCUGGCUUUUCUAUUUUUGGAAUUUUUUGGAUGAUCUGUCAUGUUAUUUUUUUUAUAACUCUCUGGGGAUUUCACACAAAAUUAAAUGACUGUCACAAAGUAUAUUAUACCCACAGAACAGAAAAUAACAGCCUUGAUAGAGUUAUGGCAUCUAAAGGAAUGCGUCACUUCUGUUUAAUUUCAGAACAGCUCGUAUUUUUCAGCCUUGUCGCAACUGCUGUUUUGGGGGCAGUAUGUUGGCAGCCAACCAACGGGAUCUUCAUGAGUGCAUUUCUCAUUGUUUUACCUCUGGAGUCCAUGGCUCACGGGCUUUUCCAUGAGCUGGGAAACUGUUUGGGAGGAACGUGUGUUGGGUAUGCGGUUGUGAUUCCCACCAACUUUUGCAGUCCUGAUGGCCACCCAACUCUUCUUCCACCUGAGCAUGUGCAAGAGUUAAAUCUGAGGUCUACAGGCAUGCUUAAUGCCAUCCAAAGAUUUUUUGCAUAUCACAUGAUUGAGACAUAUGGUUGUGACUACUCUACAAGUGGACUGUCCUUUGAUACCCUUCACUCCAAGAUCAAAUCUUUUCUUGAACUUCGGACUGCAGAUGGACCCAGACAUGAUACCUAUAUUUUAUAUUACAGUGGUCACUCACAUGGCACUGGUGAAUGGGCACUAGCAGGAGGUGAUGCAUUACAACUUGACACACUGCUGGAGUGGUGGCGAGAAAAGAACGGCACUUUUUGUUCGCGACUCAUCAUCGUUUUAGACUGUGAGAACUCCCAGCCUUGGGUUAAAGAAGUAAGAAAAGUGAAUGACCAGUAUGUUGCUGUGCAAGGAGCAGAAAUGGCCAGAGUUGUAGACAUUGAGGAAGCAGAUCCUCCACAGCUCGGUGAUUUCACCAGGCAGUGGGUUGAAUACAACUGUAACCCUGACAGUAACAUCAGCUGGUCUGAAAAGGGACGUACAGUGAAAGCAGUGUACGGUGUGUCAAAACACUGGAGUGACUACACUUUGCAUUUGCCAACAGGAAGCGAUAUUGCCAAACACUGGAUGAUAUACUUCCCACGUAUUACCUACCCAUUAGUACAUUUGGCAAACUGGUUUUGUGGUCUCAAUCUGUUCUGGGUCUGUAAAGCGUGCUUUAGGUGCUUGAAAAGAUUAAAAAUGAGUUGGUUUCUUCCCACAGUGCUGGACACAGGACAAGGUUUCAAACUUGUCAAAUCCUAAUUAGGAACCAAAGAGGAACAUAAGUGGGAAUUCUGGGAACUUUCUCAUUUACAGUACAACUUACAACUUUUUAUAUGACUAUUUUCUUUGAAUAAAUGUGCUACAUCAGAAGCUAUGCUCACUUUGUUCAGCUCUUUGAGCAGUUACAGAAUAUGCAACAGUUACAAACUGCAAUCUUAAACUAUAAUAUUCAAGUUUUGUUACUGAACUGUAUCUAAAUAUGUAAAAGACUUAUUUAUAUGACCAUGCAUUUUGGAAACAGUUUGCAUGUUCAAUAUGUGUUACCUAGAAAGCAGCCUUUCAGAAUCACCAGUUUGAUGAACGUUAGGGCCUGCAUAUUUGUCAUUUAUAUCCACUGUAAGGUUCAAAUACAGGAAAGGAACCAAGCUAAUAUUCAAUUCAAUUUAUAUGCCCUUGAAAUUAUAUGGCAAGGGUAUUAUAAAAUAGCACUGAACCAAAAAUUAAAACAGAAAAAUGAAGAGCCAUUGUAGGUAAGUAGCUACCAAGGAUGUUUAUUUUUAUUUGCUUUCGCAUCUGCAGUCCCUGCCUGAAUUCUUUACUGCCAUCAGUGGGAUUUGGUUGGUGAAAGGAACUUUUCUGAUGACCCUGUAAUGUGCUGUUGCUGCCCACCAGAUGGGUUCUUCAAAUGCAGUUUUUAAAACAUUGUGUUACUUGCAAAAUUCAGUAUCCUGCAGUGAUCUUUUCUUUGUAAAUAUUCCCAGUAGGUAAUUCAUCUAUGGAAUAAAAAGUGUGCUGAGAGUUUUUUUCCUCACCUGUCAGGUGGUUCUGGCUUUUUCAGACGCUUGUUAGUUUGUAUUUUGAAAAGCUACCCUGAAGAAAAAAAAAAAAAGGAACUUAACAAAAGAAAAUGAUCCAUAAAUAAAUAAAAAAGGCGGAAAUGCAAGUGUUGCCUUGCUUCCACAUUUACCCGAAGUCUUUGCUGUGCCUAAAGGCUUGAUCCUGUAAAAUGCUGAGUAUAGGACUGGUAUGGAUGCUGUAAAAUGCUGAGUAUUGGAUGAGUUCAUUAUCUGUUUAAACUAAGAACAAGCACUUUCACUGAAAGACUAAGAUUAGUCCUUUAGGACAGGAUCGAAUCCUGAGCGUUCCUCAACUUUAUUCUCCCAGCCACUAGGUCCUAGUCUUAACUCUUCCAGUUACAAAAUGUUGGAAGGGACUCUGCAAAUCCUAUCCCACGUUUCCUUGUUAUCAGAGAAGCUGCAGAGCUUUCUAGUCUGUUUGCUGGAGUACUGAAAAUCAGGACUUAAACUGCUAAGCUGCUGAGUCAGUCAGUCCACUUUGUGGCAUUUUUUCAUACAUGUGUGCAAUCUAGAAGAGCUGGAGUUUACUUUUUUUCUGUUUUCAUCAGUAUUUUAAUAAGAAUCUUAGGCUUUAGUGAUAUUUGUCUAAAAUAAACAUAACUUACUGACUUAUUUUUUUUAAUACCUGAAAAGAUGUUAGAAGUUCUUUAAUGGUUUGCCUUCAAGGACUUUUCUGAUUUCAUUUUACCUUUUUAGACAACUAAAUUAGAGAAUCUGCUAAUGGUUACAGCUGUUAAUAACUCCUGAAAAUAAAAUGUGCAAUUAAAUGAUGAGGUUUGCAAAAGCCAGAGUAAUUUGCACCCACCAACCUCAUAAUGGUGAUUUCAUUGGAUUUACAAGGAAAGGCCACUAAGUUUCUUCAUUACUGUGUAAUACACAAUUUUAUUUAGCAACAACUCCCACAUACACACCCUUUGUCUUUCUCCAUCCCCUUUCAUAAGGUGAAAAGGGGAUCAGGAUCUGAAAGAGCAAAUCAGAUAUACUACUGCAAAUCGGUUCCACUGAGCUAUCGCAAAGUAAAUGCCUUAGCUGCAACUGUCACAAAUUCCAAAGAGGUGGCUGUUCUCCAGUACAAUGGAGGGUAAUCACACCAUCCAACACUAAGUAUCCAACUGAAAUUCCUAAACUGGGAGCCGAAGUAGGAGUCCUCUUAUUUAAAUUCCGAAGUCUGAAAGCUAAAUCUGAGCUAGUGACCUGAGGCGCUCCACUUCUCAUCAACAGAAAGAAAGAGGUGUUUCCAGAGGAUGACUCAUUUGAUCUAUUUUAGGUUGAAGUAAGUUGUCCUGUGGUUGUGCCUAUUAAUUAGUUUUGUUUUGUUUUGCUGAGCAGAAACAGUCUUAGGUGACCAGUUCACAUGUGGCUAUCUAACUUUCAGAUGCCAAAGUUGAAGUAGACAAAUCCCUUGCUUCCAUUUAAAGAUUUUUUUAGAGCACACACUUACAUUCCCAGUCAUCCUCCAGAGCCUUCCCUGGGUGCAUAAGCUCCUUCUUCAAGCACCAAAAUUGUACACUUACUUACUUACUUAAAGUUAGGCUGAACAAGUAUCCACCCUGUGCCAUAAAAGAAGCAGGCCUUCCUCGGUAGAAGUCAUUUUUAGCCGUUUCUGGACAGCAAACCUUGGAUAGAGAAGAAAUCUUGCCUGAAGGAAGGCAGUUGUUUGGUUUGUAAAAAUUACUAUUUUGAUUGCCCUUUUAUCAAAAAUUCCUCUGAUUGCAACACAAACUUUCAACUACAGCACAAAGACAAACUUUACAACACAACGUUCCUUUAAAGCAACAGUGUAAUAGCCAGUAGUCACAACAUACCAUUUGACAGUAAGAAGUUCUUUUUUUUUAAUUUUCAAAAAGCUGUGAACACCAACCAUAACACUUCCCACUAAUUAUAAUGGUAAAAGCUUAUUCCAUCUGUGCUACUGCUACAUUUUUCAUGAACAUCAUCUGUAUAUUUUUCUUUUUGUAUAAUAGGGGCAGUAAGUAAGUAAGUCUGGGAUUCCUGACCUAGCCUGGGACAGUGACUAGACUAAUGUGGCCAAUCCAUGCUGCAAUUUAGUGAUGGAGCCGUUUUUGUUAGAGGCAAAAACAAAUGCAAUGGUGCUGCUCUUCUGCCUCUGUUUAUUAAAUGGUUUCCAGCUUACUUAUCAAGCCAUUGGCUUUUCUCUAGGAUAGACUAGGUCUUUAGCAGUUUGUUGAAAAUUAAAUGAAGCAUCAGCUAAAUAUGUAGCAAAAAGGUUAUUGGCCAAGCUAAUCAUGUGUUUGCAGGGUUUUUUCCCUGUUUUCUCAAUUAACACAUUCUAGUUUUCUGAAUUUCAAAUAGUUUUAGCAUAAAG